AAAAAUGAACUAUGGAAAAGGAAGCUGGCCGUGUUGGGCUCUCGAUGAAAUCACCCAAGAAGAAGUAAAAAAAUUUCUCGAAAGAACUUCAGAGAAGCAAAAUACAUUUCAACCCUACAGCUGGCUUCUGAGUUUGUUACCUCCUUCUAGUCAGUCUCUCAACGAAGAAGAAAAUGAAUGGGAAUCAGAUGACUCUGAUGCUGAGAAAUUUCCUGAAUGUUUAUCCUCAAUUGCUCUUUCUACAAAGGACAAAAGUUUUGUCCAACAAAAUAAUGAUAAAUCUUUGCAAGUUCUACCAAACGAUGAAUCUAUGCUGCUCGACGCAAAAGAAGAGCAAAAGAGUUUCUCUAAAACAGGUGAUACAAGAGAGCAACAAGAAUUAAUUUUAAAAUCUUUACUGCAAUCAAUUAACGAAGAAAACUGCACCAAGGAGAAAAAAUUGAAAGAGUUAAGCGUUCUAGAAGCUUUAGACGAUUCUUCAUUAAUCAUUUUCAUUGAAAAGGUCAGUGUAUCAAUCAAGUGUGAGGAGAAGAAGGCAGAUUUUUGUCUUCUAGUUGCUGAAGUUUUGAAGGACCGGACUUAUGUUCUUGGAAAAUAUUUUUAUUUACCGUGGUUUCAGAAUUCUGGGAAGAACUCACUCACAAUUCUUGUCACAUCUCUCGCACAGACUAUUAAUUCAUUUUUUGAACAAGCCUGUCAUGAAGUGCUGCUACCUCUCUUAAAUUCAUCUCAAUCUGGUCUGGUACAGGAUCCAGCUGUAGUAAAAGAUAUAUUGGCAUUGUGCAAUCCUGAAUGUUGGUGGUUUUUAUUGAGACAUUUUCUUGUUCUCCUCAAUAAAGACAAGUUGGCUGAAUGGCAUCUCCCUGCUUUAGAUUUUCUGUGCCAUGAGACGGAGGAACUGGAUGUUUCAUCACAUACGGAAUCCAUCGUUAACGAACUAACCAAUCUGCUACGAGUAAACUCUGUUGAUUUCAGCAAGAAUCGAUAUUUUGGCAAUAUCAUUUUGCUGCUUAUCAACAUUGUGAAGAAGCAUCAGAAAAUUGUAAAUUUAGAUAUUAUUACAUCUCAACUAACCUCGAUUAUACAGUUCCACAAAGGCCCAACGAAGUACAAAGCCAGUCAGAUGCUGAAGAAAUUAACUGCGGAAAGGUUUUAGGCUAGCACUAGUUAAUAAGUUACCAUUAGCAAAGAGGCUUUGCAGCCUUAUUUUCACUGAGAAAUUGAAAUCAAAGGCUCAAUCUCAUAAUGAUGCACAAGAGGAAUGAAUAUAUUUUACUACGCAGUAAACUCUCAUGCCAUCUUUCUCGAAGUGCAAAACUUAAGGCCUUUGAAAACUUGAGUACCUAUAUAGCGAGAGUAUGGACAGAUCGCUUCAUGGAGGGCUUAGGGUCCAAAGGUGCAGCCAUUCUUCUAACAAACUUCUAACGCACAAAAUUUCACUGCUAGUUUGCAGAGUCUGCAGAUUUCAAUUUUAACCAAGAUGGCCAAGAAUGUACAUAAAUGAAUGUUCUUCCGCAAAAAUGAGUAAAUGUAUAUAAAAACUAAGUCAAAUACGUACAAUCGCUCUGGAUAAUUGAAAUUCAUAGGUUGGCUGCAUUUCUGGGCCCUAACUUUGUUCGCGGAGGCAUCGGUGAAGGCCUGAUGGUUUUUUGGAGUUUCACAUCUAUCUAUACUCUCGCUAUAUAGGUACUCUAUUGAAAACUAGCAGGGUUUCAUCCUAUGUUUGGCUCUGUGAUAUCAAAAUUAGAAAUUUUGUCUAUGAUAUAAACAUAAAGAAAGAACGAUUAAAAGAAAUUCUGUUAAGUACGUCCUGGUAACCAAUCAUCAGUAUUGGUAAGCAAUUGUUAUUUUAGCAUCUAGAAAUUUCCGUUUUUGUUCCUCCCACUUUCGUAUUCAUUUGCUGCAAUCUUUUUGAGUAUGGUUUUUAUGCUCAAGUUUUUUAAUUACGAAGGAGAUUUAUCACAUAUGUAUUUGGUUUUUGUAUGACUAUCAGUUCUCUAAGUCAAAAUUUUAUCCCAUGCGAAGUGUGCCCUAAGGAUUUCCGGAUUGAUGCUACAGUUCCAGCACGAAAGUUGCGAUAUCGCUUAUUUUAGUCUUUUUUUAAAGCUGACAUCAUUCCCAAUUAUCGAGAUUGUAUUUUUUGGUGAACAAUAUAUUCUACUUUGAAAUCAGUGGCAGCUUUCUUCCCUCCUUAAAUACCCGCAUAACUCGGUCAAUUUUUGAGCAAACAAGAUGAUUUGGGUUUCAAUCAAUCAGAAAUGAAAACUUUAAAAUGAGACCAAGAUCAACACAAUGGCUAUUUUGGAUAUUAUAUCAUCAGUCGGAAAACUUUUGAGACACUAAGUAACUUUAAUGGACACUAAAAGACUGUAAGUUUGUAUUCUCAUCAUUUUAAGGUAUCAGAAUGAAACUGCCUUGAACACAUUUAAAGCUCAAAUUCUCUAUCAUAAGUUCCGACAAAAUUGAAAAUUUCAUGUUAGCAGAGGGGGAAAAAGAAAGACUUCAUUACGUAAAAGAUAUCUUAGAAAAUUUUAUCCUCAUUAGUCUUGAGCACCUGUUUAAAGUGGUUGUGCAUUAUGAAGGUAAGGUGAGAAAUUUGUGAAGAUUUUUAUUUCUUCAGGAGGUGUAAUGGGUAUAAGAGCUUUAAAGGUGAAAUUGUAAAAGUUUUUAGAUUUUUCCCACCUUGUUUUUCUGUUUUUUAGCACAGACUUUUCUCUUCUGGUAAUGAAAAAGUAUGUCUCAAGAACAAUAUGAACAAUAUGAAUAAAAAAUAAAAAUUGCAAUAUCUGUUAUGCAGUGUAUGUAAUUGUAAUAAAAAAAAACAAAACAAAACCUCCAAUUGUUACAUAUGCAUUGACUUUUAGUACAAUUUUAUAAAUUAUUUGUCUGUAAGCAUUUAUUUGAGGUUUCUUGUAAACUUUGCUCCAAUGAAUCUCCAUGUCCCAAUUUAUGAAUUUUUAUACUGGUAAAGUAUAUUUUUAAGCUUUUUGGGCGUAGAAUAAAAUUAAGAUAUUUUUAAGUGUUUUUUUUUUUUUUUGUAAACUGCUGUAAGCCUUUAAAAAGAACGGAAGAAGUUACUAAAGGUAAUUUAAGAAGGAUGAUGCAAAUGAAACGAAGGGGAUCGAAGCUGGCCUAAUUUCAUUUUUUUUUCUCAACAUUCAGCAUACUGAGGUCCUGUUGUAGUGUUAGUAACAGAACUAACUAAAUCCGUAUAUUACAGAGACGUGUCAUUUCAUGUAUGCUUGCUUACUUCUGAAUUUUCUAAUCACUCAACUGUUGUCAAUUGUAGGUUUGUUGAAUUUUUAAUUUCUCAAAAUAUAUUGUUGUACUCCUAGAAA